AUGACACUGGCGCUGUCUGAGGAAACCAACUUAGUGCACGGACGUGCUACGGCGCUGAAAUCGGUAGCCUCUAAACCUCCCAGGGAGGCCAUGUAUGUCCAAGGGGCACCGAACGGUAACGGACCCGUUGAUGACCCAAGGGAAGAAAACCCGACGCCACAAACACAGCCUGCCGAAGAGCUGGAAACGGUGGAGCUAAGCGAAGAGCAACCUGAUCGGUGCGUCAAAAUCAGCACCGCACUCACCCCACCUCUCCGAGCGCAAUUCAUUGAGUUAUUACUGCAUUAUUUGGAGGUGUUCGCCUAG